AUGGUUCACGCACAGAAAGACGCUGCUGCUCCUCCUCCUCACACAGUCCAUGGUUCACGCACAGAAAGACGCUGCUGCUCCUCCUCCUCACACAGUCCAUGGUUCACGCACAGAAAGACGCUGCUGCUCCUCCUCCUCACACAGUCCAUGGUUCACGCACAGAAAGACGCUGCUUCUCCUCCUCACACAGUCCAUGGUUCACGCACAGAAAGACGCUGCUCCUCCUCCUCACACAGUCCAUGGUUGACGCACAGAAAGACGCUGCUCCUCCUCCUCCUCACACAGUCCAUGGUUCACGCACAGAAAGACGCUGCUCCUCCUCCUCACACAGUCCAUGGUUCACGCACAGAAAGACGCUGCUGCUCCUCCUCCUCACACAGUCCAUGGUUCACGCACAGAAAGACGCUGCUCCUCCUCCUCACACAGUCCAUGGUUCACGCACAGAAAGACGCUGCUUCUCUUCCUCCUCACACAGUUCAUGGUUCACGCACAGAAAGACGCUGCUCCUCCUCCUCACACAGUCCAUGGUUCACGCACAGAAAGACGCUGCUCCUCCUCCUCACACAGUCCAUGGUUCACGCACAGAAAGACGCUGCUGCUCCUCCUCCUCACACAGUCCAUGGUUCACGCACAGAAAGACGCUGCUUCUCCUCCUCACACAGUCCAUGGUUCACGCACAGAAAGACGCUGCUCCUCCUCCUCACACAGUCCAUGGUUGACGCACAGAAAGACGCUGCUCCUCCUCCUCCUCACACAGUCCAUGGUUCACACACAGAAAGACGCUGCUCCUCCUCCUCACACAGUCCAUGGUUCACGCACAGAAAGACGCUGCUGCUCCUCCUCCUCACAUAG